AUGUCACUGGAAGUGACGUACGACGUUGCUGACGUUGGGGCCGUGGCCGAGCGCGUUGGGGGGAAAACCAUAUGUCUGACUGGUGUGAUUGGCUUUACCGUCAGGGAUGACACCAUGGUUCUCAUACCGAUCCAGGGCUUGGAUGGCGGGAUCGUGGCAGCCCAAUAUGGCUCUUCUGAGGCAAACAGCAUGGAGGACUUGAUGAGUGUUCCUUACAUUGCCAUGCUCUUCUGGAUGAAACAGAGAUUACGGGCCUGUACCCAGAGUUGCCAAAGUUCUGAUGAAGCGGAUGAGCCAAAGGAUGCUAAAGGAGUGAACAAAGUUGGUAUUGUAAAUGAUGCUGAAGCAAGGCCCCUAGGGAAUCUUCGUCCAGUUUCUGAUCCCAGUGAUGCUGCAGAGAAUGGGUGCAAGUUCAAAAAGCAAGCCAAACAAUCACUCACAAGGCGACAAGUGAAAUAUUCUCCUGGCAAAACACUUUUGGGAAAAUGUGAAGACAUCGUUCUGCGCCUGUCUUGUAAAACCGAUCGACAGAACAGACCAACUGACCAACUUCAGAAAAACUGCACAAACAAAACACCUUAUACUUGCAAAGAAUGUGGGAAGUGUUUCAGUCAGAAGCAUUACCUGAGGCGACAUGAGCGAAGCCACACAGUGGAGAAUCUUGUGAAGUGUGCUGAAUGUGGUAAAACUAUGUCUCGGAAUGCGGAUCUUGUCAAACAUCAGAGAACCCACACAGGAGAGAAGCCGUAUCCGUGUCCUCAGUGCGGAAGAAGUUUCUCUCAAACAUCGAAUGUCAUUAGGCACCUGAGAACUCACACAGGAGAGAAACCUUACAAAUGCACAGUGUGUGGGAAGAACUUUAGCCAGAAUUCACACCUCCUUUCCCAUCAAAGAAGUCACAGUGGAGAGAAACCCUAUUUGUGUGUUACAUGUGAGAAAAGAUUCAGCGAAAAAGCUUCCCUCCAUCUUCACCAAAGAAUCCACACGGGAGAGAAACCCCACAAGUGCUUAGAAUGUGGGAAGAAUUUCCGCCUCCUAUCCACCAUCAUUAGUCACAGGAGAAUCCACACUGGAGAAAAGCCCUAUUCGUGUCUUGAAUGUGGAAAGAACUUUACUCACAAAUCAGCUCAUACUGUGCACUGUAGGAUCCAUACUGGAGAAAAGCCUUAUAUGUGUCCUGAAUGUGGCAAAUGCUUCAGUCAGAGUUCCUAUAUUGCCGUUCACAAGAAAAUACACGAGAGAAGAACUUAG